UUUCUUUCUUUCCUUCUUCGCCUCAGCCGCCACCAUAUUGUUUGGACUGGUCGAUUCUAGAAGUGAAGGAAUUUAAAUUAUUGUAUGCAAGACAUCAUCAUUCGCCAACAUUUUCAUAUAAUUCGCAACAAUGGUGUACAGCGACAAAGCAGACAAAGGAACUAUCGUAUACGUCGGCGGGUUAUUGGAGAACAUCAAAAAAGAAGCGAUCGAAGCUGAGUUUGAGAAGUUUGGAACACUAACUAGGGUAUGGGUUGCGUUCAAUCCCCCUGGCUUCGCAUUCGUCGAGUUUGAAAGGAAAGAAGAUGCUGAAGCCGCCGUAAAUGCUUUACACAAUGCGAGCAUUCUUGGUUCUAAGCUGCGAGUAGAGAUCUCUCGUGGACGACCAAGAGGUCGAGGGGGAAUGUCGCGAGGGGGGGGUAUGUCUCGUGGGGGAAGAGGAAUGGAUAGGGGUGGAUUUAGAGGUGGUCGGGGUGACUUCAGAGGUGGGCGAGGAGAUUUCCGCGGUGGGAGAGGUGGUGACUUUGGUCGCGGUAGAGGAAUGCCCCGGGGAAGAGGUGGGUUUGGUGCUAGGCCCUAUGAUAGACAACCGUACGGAGCAGACGAUGGAUUUGAUGACUUUGACAGACGUAAGCCCGAAUAUCCUGACCGAGAUUUUGGACCUCAGAGAGAUUUUGGCGGACGGAGGGAACUCGGGGCUGGAAGAGACUACGAUGACAUUGGUGCACGAAGGGGUUUUGGGGCAGGUCCGGAUGCUCCUGCUAGAGAUUAUCCUCCAAGAGACGGAGGAAGAGAUUACCCACCUAGAGGAAUUGGUGGUGGGAGGGAUUAUCCACCUCGAGACAUGGACAGAGAUUACCCUCCAAGAGACAUUGGAGGCAGGGAUUUUCCACCAAGGGAUAUGGGAGGGAGAGGCUAUCCUCCAAGGGAUGUUCCGGAUAGAGAUUACAUGGGUGGUAGAGAUGGAAGAGAUUUUGGUGCAAGGGACUUUGGAGGUGAAAGAGACAUGAAUGGAGGGCGUAAUUAUGGUGCACCUCGUGACUUGCCCCCUGUGGACGGACCCCCACGUAGAGCGUACCCUGCUGGUAGAGAUUUAGGAGCGAGUCAGGAUUAUCCUGCCAGGGAUAUUCCUCCAGUCCGUGAUGUCGAAGCAGCCAGAGAUUAUGCAGCUAGGGGUGCUGCGCCUCCGAGAGAUUACGGUGGAACCAGAGAUAUCGGGAUGAGGAGAGACGCAGUAAGAGAUUUCGAACCACCAAGAGAUUUGGCUGCCCCAAGAGAUUUCUCAGGACCACCAGCUAGGGCUGACUAUGGAGCCGGAGAUAGGUUCGGAGGUGGCGGAAGGGGGGGUUAUGGCAACGGAGACAUUCGUCGGCCUGGAGCUGCCCCUGGAGGCAGGUUCGCCGGAAGGGAAGUCGGCGGUACAGAUGAUUACGGCGGCGGCUAUGGUGCAAGGGACAGAUUCAGGAGUCGUUCGCCGAUUGGCAGAGGAGGAAGCCGCCUCCCCAUGUAUUAACAUGAGUGAUGGAACAAGGAACAAAGUAUCAAUAUCUUCCAAAGUUAGCUACGAAGAACUAAGAAGCAAAACGGUUCACUCGCAUGUUUAUGUUGAAUAGUUUUACGAUAAAUCCAUUUUAUAUCAUGAAACUGUAUAAGUACACUUGCAUUCAGAUACUCAAUAGAUAGUGUUAACUGUAGUUUUCUCUUUAAUUUGAAGCUGAAGGGUGGGUUAUUUUUAUAUUUGUUUUGUAGCAGUAUGUGUAAUUUUGUGUUGAAGAGCUAUGCGUAAAGUUACGCUUAUCAUGUGUGUG